UCUAAGCAUUUCGCAAAGGGGGCUUACUUGCUUUCCCGUUUAGGGUCAUCAGAAGUGUAAAUCGGUCGCAAUGGCAGCGGCCAAUUUAAAAUCACUUCGCCAGUGACAUUGACAACUGUUCUCGAAAUGUCAAAAAGGACGGAGUGUGUGUACAUACUGUUGUUUUUAAUUCCGGCAGUAACACGCCAUUUGCCGCCUUUAUGGAACCGAUAAACGAACCGAAGCAAUUGUACAAUAGAACAUAUUCCGACGCGUUACGUACGAACGAGACGGAAACGGCCCGAUGGACAGUCUACCGGCAAGAACAUGUAGAGCUGAAAGAGAAUCUACGAAUGUAUCAAAAAGCCCCCAAAGCGGACAUAAUGAUCCCGAUAGGAACGAAAGCAUUCCUUCCUGGCCAGCUGUACCACACGGGUGAAGUUUUGGUCAGCCAUGGUUGCGGUUAUUUUUCCGAUUGCUCCACGAAUCAGGCACAAUCGAUCGCCGACCGGCGUAUCCAGAUGGCGGAGGAACUUCUGCAAAAGUACGAACGUGAGCGUUCGCUGUACAACGAUAAGCUUGAAGUUCCACUGACAAGUGAAGCAUUUGCUGGUGAAAAUAUUCAAGAAAUUAUUGAAGCUUAUGAUGAGGAGGCGGAAACCCGUUGGCGGCAAGAGCAUCGUCGUCGUGUGCGAGAAAGUAAGCAACAGGAAGCAAAAGAUCGAGCAGCGAUAAAGGUCGCGUCGGAACAGAGGGACGACAGUGAGCUGUUUGCCAAGUUAGAGGAAAUGGAAUUGCUCGAAGAGUUGGAACACGAAAUGGAUCAGUUGGAACUUCCGUCCGGGGAGGAUGAUGACGACCAGCUGAGACGCCUGAUGCGAGGUGAAAUCCGGAUGAAUGAACGACCACGAAUAGCGCACAAACAAACGGAAUCUUCUACUGUACCUGAGUUUGCUAUGCAUACAAAAAGUGUUGCUAAUGAUAAAUCGAAACCUGAAGAAGAACACCUGGAAGAACAAAUGGACACAACGGACGAUGAAGAGGAUGAAAAUGAUGAUGAUGAUGAUGUUUCGGCCGAGUUUUCGGAUCUUCUAAACGAAACAAAAAAUUGUCCAAAAAAGGAAAAAAUUAAAAUUUUCCAGGCUAAACUUAAGGAUGUCCGUCAAAGGCUAUACCAGAAUUCAAUGGACAUUGUGCAAAAGGUAGACCUGUAUCAGCUGCACGAUGAACUGGAGGAAGCGUUAGAUUUUUUGCUUCCGUUGAAAGAGCCCGUCGACGUAGAGACGCAGCCCGUAGAGCAACCUGAGCUAAGCGGUAUUGAUAAAAGCAAAAAAGUGAAAUUUGCCGAACAGGAGCAGAUCAAACUCAUUACCAGUAGACAUCAAGACCACACGGACGAGGAAGAAUUACACAAUCCUUCAAAAUCCACACUAUUUCUUCCAAUCGUACAUUCGCCCGAGUAUUACAGUUCGGAUUCGAAAGAGGAGAUUGUGUCCCCGGCUGAUAUAUAUCGGAAGUUUCUCGCGGAAGAAGAGUCCCUCAAACAUUUGCAAUUUUCGAAUCUGAAACCAAUCCUGAAAAAUCGUAAAACAAACUAUCCCAGUGCGGAACGUCCUACAAAACAACCAGCAAGCAAGAAUACACUCACGACAUCGAUACCGGAUUUGUUGGGGGAAGUCCUAGAACAUACCAGCGUAGCCGUAGCAACCGAAGCUGACGUCAAACCGGUACAGCCGCAGCAACAGCAAAAGAGAAAAGUGAGUCGUUUUAAGCAGCAACGAAACUGAAAUGAAGUAGGUAAGCAUUGUUUCGAUACACAGAUUAUACACAGAUUUCUUCCGA